AUGUCGUCAGGAUCUAAUGGUGCACGGCGCGUAGCCUCGCUACUGCGGCCAUCAAUAAUCGACUCCGGCGUGUGCAGAAGCUGUCAAGAGACCCUUGGCCGCCGCAGCUAUUCCUCCGCAGCACCAGCGAUCGAAUCGACCUCCGCCUCAACAGCGGCCGACCCAGCCGUGAAGCCAGCCUACAUCAUCAACGCGGGUGUAGUCCUCUCCCGCCCUCCCCAAAUCACCCGUGAACUCGAACCGUUCGAGAAAGCGUUCUUUUUCUACCAGAAGCGUCUGAACGAGCGUCUGGCCCUCCCCUUUACGAAAUAUUUCUACUUCAAGCGCGGAACGCCAGCCGACGAAGACUGGAAGAAGAAGAUCCAGGAGCGCCGGACUGCCGCACGUGAUAUCGGAAAGUACAACGCGUACGACAGCGAUGCAUGGAACGACGAGCUCCUGCUGGGGGCAAAGGAGUCUGAACCUGAACACCAGAUUGAGGCUCUUGUCCAGGACGCAGAAUCCACCGCCAAUGCGACUUCCCAAGAUACUAGCAAAAAGGAAGGAAAUCCCUCGGCCUCUAAGGAGGGACACUGGAAGUUCCCCAGCUCGCCAGUGGAGUCGGGCGAGACCCUUCGCUUGGCUGCUGAACGUACGCUCGCCCAGUCCGCUGGUGUCAACAUGAACACCUGGUUUGUCGGCUUCCACCCGGUCGGAUGGCACUCGUUCAACCCGCGCCGCUCGAAGAAGGCGGACAACGCAACCGAGAUCGAGGCUCCCGGUAGCAAGGUCUUCUUCUUGAAGUCUCGUAUGAUGGCCGGUCAGGCCGAUCUGUCUGUCAACACCCAGGGCCUCAAGGACUUCAAGUGGCUGGCCAAGGAGGAGCUCGCGCAAUACCUGAACACGCAAUACUACAGCAACAUCAAGAACAUGCUGGCCGACCGGUAA